AUGAAUCCAAAGCCACCCACAGCUCCUGCCGCCCCAGUAGCACCAACAGGAGGCGAAGCCGGUGGUGCCGCUGGAGGUGGAGCUGGAGGUGGAGCUGGUGGUGGAGGCGGAGGCGGAGGCGGAGGUGGAACUGCAGGCGGCUUUAUUGGAAAACAACUUCCGGGAUCCGGCUCAACCUACGUUGUGAUGGAACAACCGACGCUACCAGUCUCUCAUCUAGUUCCCGAGCCUUUGCCUCCAGGUCACAUGCCUCUGAAGUUUUCGCCAGGCGAUUUGGGUGAGGCAUCCGUUCCACGAAAUCCUCUCGCAAGCGUAAAACUAAAUCUUAGGACACCGAAAGCGGCACCUACUGUCACUGCGCCAGCACCACCGGCCGGGAAUAUAACUGUACCUAUCGCCUCUCGAAUGGCCUCGGCCGCCGUCAAUAAUGAGAAGCAGGAAAGUGAGCCGGAAGAUGUCGACACAAACCUGACCAAGACACCAAAUAACUCGAACGAAAACAAUACCGGUCGAGCAGCGACAGCACCUCGCCGCAAUGAGGAUCAAGCCAACUGCAACAACAAUAAUACCAGGGAUGUGCAAGGCUACGAACAAGUUGCUGCCGCCGGGCGACGAGCGUGCAUUGAUGAAGGCGGUAGCUCGCCAACCGGUGACCGUUGGCGUCGCAAUCACGCAGGGCUUCUAUGGUUACCAAGGUGGCAUCUACGUGGAGACGCAGCCGCUGACGGAUGUGAGCAUUGUGGGCUACCAUGCCAUGCUCAUUGUCGGCUACGGUGAGGAAAAUGGCGAAGCCUACUGGAUCAUCAAGAACUCGUGGGGCGAGGGCUGGGGUGAAAAGGGCUACAUGAGGCUGGCGCGCAACCGUGGCAACCAGCUGUUCGUGGCCACAUGGGCCAUGUACCCGAGAAUCGAGACGAUAUCCCACCAGAGAACGAGCAGGACAUAAUUAAAACAAUUCAAAAACAGAUCAAUCUGUGUCUUAACAAAUAGACAUUAAUCUUCGAGUUUGAACUCUUACUUUUCAGCAAUUGAUGAAAGUCGAAAAUGAAUCAAAAGUAAAAUUAUUAAUUUAUGUGCUAGAUAUAAGAAAUAAUUGAAUAAAUGUAGAGUUUAAAUUUCCCAACGCGUUUCGUGCUAUUUAUUUGUUAACAUAAUGAAAUACUCAUCAGGGCUCUGCAUUACAAUAGAAGCACAAAAGAACAAUUUGAAAACGAAAACUACAGAUAAAAGAAUGCUAAAUACAAAUUUAUUGUAUAAAUAACGACAAGAUUUUUUUAGUAAGUAUUCAAAUAUACAAAUGAUCUGUUUAAGCAAAUACAAAAAUGACAACUUCAGCUUAAUUAGAAAACAUUUAGCAAGUUGUCAAAUAAAAAUUGAAAAUAUUUAGUAGCUGUACUUGAAGUCACUAAGUUUUGUAAUCGAUAUAUUGUUGCUAUGGGAAUAUCAAUAUUACUUGUCCAUACUAAAAAAUCGACACAGUAUUGAUCUAGUAUUCCUCAAAAGAAACUGUAAAGCUUAAUUUCGUUUGCUUGUAUUAUGUGAUUUAAUAUAUAAUCUUCCAUUUGUAUAAGGUUAGUUUAUAUUACAAGGGGGGAAAAGCGGACCGCGAGAUUGUGGGAUCCUCUGUAUCGUCCGUAUCUUGAAUGUAUCGUGCGUAUCCUAUGUAUCGCAGAUGGAUCCUCUGGAUCUUUUAUAUUGCCGAUAGAUCUUAUGUAUCCUCAUUGUACUGUCAGUAUCCUCGAUACAUCAUUCGUAGUCUGUAUAUUCUUAUUAUCUGCGAUAUACUUCAUUAUACAAGGUACUAUUAUCUAAAUAAUCAUCGAAAAUAUUUGAAUUUUCAAGGAAGAUAAAACAAUAAGUAAAAAAGUCAUCUCUCAACAUCAGAAACCUAUAAACUUUGUUUUUCUUAUAUGUUGCUAAUAAUUACUGAGUGAAAAAUUCAUUCGUUCUUUUGAUAAAUUUAUUCGAACGCCACAGGUGCAUGAUAUAAAAGCUUCUUCUGGUCCUUGAUUUAACAAUAAAGUUAACUUGUAAUCUGUACCUUCAAUGAACUUCUCGUUUGGAAGAUUUAGUUGUAAUUUAUUCUUAUAAAACCAUUCGUUUAAUGAUCGACUAAGAAAGUCAUGAUGCUUCGAUUCAUUCAUUUUAUCUAAAUGAAAAUAAAAACUGUCAUGCAUGGUACUUAUUAGGUUUACUAGCAGAUAAUAUUCGUAAGUCUCAUUUGUCUGUGUACUUUUUUAAUAAUAAAUAUCCAUGGUAUUUUUCCUAAUCGUUUCACUUUACUGUCUUCAUUGAUCGCUUUUUUUCAGUGAAACUACUUGUUCAGUGUGUGUGCACAUUAUCAGCAUGAAUAUUCAAGUUAUUUGCACAAGUAUCUCAGUAAUCUAAUGUAUAUACAUAUUGUUUAUAUGUUCUGAUGAGCACUAUGCUAGGUUUUUCUUUGGCGAUUCAUUUCGAGAUAAUAAAGCACGUCUUCGCCAAAGAACUCAUUUUCUCUUGUCCGUAGAGUAAUUAAUUUUUCUUAUUUUACUUCAUAUGGUUCUUAUUUUCAAUAGGCAUUUAAUUGUAUCCUUUCUGAGAUAGAUAUCGAGAAGUCAUCAUUCUUGAAGGAGAAAAUUUGAUUUUCUGUCAUUUUAUCAUCAUUUCACAAGAUAUCGUUCAUUUCUAAGGAAUGAAGUUCCGACAAAAAGCGAGAAAUACAUGAAAACUUAUUAUUUAGUGACUGCACAACAUAUACGAAGUUGUAGGGCGAAAAUGAUUAUUUAUAACAGCAAAUUAAGCAUUAGACACUUGCGCAAUCCAUUAUCCAUUUUUAUCUAAAAGAUAAAGAUUCCUGGUUUACUAUGUAUUUUGUGAAAUAAGAUCUGCAAGAAGUGUUGAAAUAUAUAGGGUAGAAAUUUGGACCCAACCCCAGACCGUUACAGAGAACUUAAUUAAUUAGAUAAUUGGUUAAUUAAUUAAUUAUUUAUUUAUUUUCUCUGUAACGGUUUGUGAUGGUUUCUAGCCCAAGUCAGCAAAAAAUGAUGGGAGACUGCCGGCAUGACUAGUCAGAAAUGUCGGCAGCAUCCGUCUAAUCUAGUCUGAAACGUCUUGCAUACCCGUCUGGUCUAGUUAGCUUAAUGAGAAAUAUCUUACACACGUCUGUACUAGUCUGAAAUGUCCUUGAGCCCAAUCAUGUCUAGUCCGGGUUGUCUGUUGACCCAGUCCAGACUAGUAAUAAGAUUAAAAAACAGGUUACAUGGUGAGUUUGAACAUCGAGCCGACAUUUUUCGAAAUAUGGCGGACAUCCUGACGACAGAUUAGGACACUGAGAUAGACUGUCGUAAGUAUAUAUAGCCUAAAAUCAUAGAUUGACUCCCAUCCAUGCAUAGAAAAUCAGAAACAAACCGACGUAAAUGAUAUUGACUAGUCUGAAGCAUCUUCUGGAUACCUCAUGGCGAAUCCUAUUUUAAGAAGUGUUUAUUUUACUCGAUGCUUAUCGAAUUUUUUCCUAGCUAGAAGGGCAAUUAGAGAGUCUGCUGUAAUCAAUAGUGCAUUCGAAAAGAUUUAAUAUAUUGCGUGCAUCUCUGUCUUGAUAUAUUUUAUUUUAUUUUGCAUUAGCUAAUGCUAAAAGUUUAAGAGUGU